AUGGAUGCCGUCGUGGAUUUCCUCCAGCGCGUGCCGCAGCCUGUCCAGUGGGGACUGGCUGGCAUCGGCGCCUUCGUCCUGAGCACCAAGUUCCUGAGCUAUCUCCAGCUCGUGCUCAGCGCCUUUGUGCUGGGAGGCACCAACCUCCGAAAGUAUGGCAAGCCCGGUACCUGGGCUGUCGUCACUGGCGCCUCCGAUGGCCUGGGCAAGGAAUACGCUCUGCAGCUUGCCGCCAAGGGCUUCAACCUUGUUCUUGUUUCCCGAACCCAAUCGAAGCUGGAUACUCUCGCCGAUGAUAUCAAGAAGAGCAAGGAUGUUCAGAUCAAAACUUUGGCUAUGGACUUCUCGAAGGAUAACAACGAGGACUACGACCGUCUCAGUCAGCUUAUCCAGGGCCUGGAUGUCGGCAUUCUGAUCAACAAUGUCGGCCAGAGUCACAGCAUGCCCGUGUCAUUCCUGGAGACUUCUCGGGAGGAGCUCCAGAGCAUCGUCACCAUCAACUGCAUGGGCACGCUGAAGGUCACCCAGGUUGUGGCCCCGAUUCUGAAGCAGCGCAAGAGCGGCCUCAUCCUGACCAUGGGUUCCUUUGCCGGCUGGACCCCUACCCCCUACCUCGCUACUUACUCCGGCAGCAAGGCUUUCCUCCAGCAGUGGAGUGUUGCCCUCGCUUCUGAGCUUGCUGAUGACAACGUUGAUGUUUACCUUGUCCUGAGCCAUCUGGUCACCACUGCCAUGAGCAAGGUCCGCCGUGCCAGCCUUCUCGUCCCCAAUGCUCGCCCCUUUGUCAAGUCUGCCCUUGGAAAGAUCGGCCUUGGCGGAUAUCAGGCGGCACCCAACACCUACACCCCCUGGUGGAGUCACGCCUACAUGCUGUGGUUCAUUGAGAACAUCCCUGGUGCCAACGGUUCCAUCACCAUCGGGCAGAACAAGAAGAUGCACAUCGAUAUCCGACGGAGAGCUCUCCGCAAGCAGGCUCGUGAGGCCAAGCAGCAGUAA